CCCAGGCACAAAAACCUCGCCUCUCCCCCACCCUUGCCCGGUUCCUAAUUUUCUCUCUCCUCCCCUUCCCAAAGGUGAAGGGCAGAGCAGGAUAAGAAAAAGCCGUAAGAAGAAUCCCUUCCUUCCCCCCUUUCCACCCACACUCGCUCAUUGCGAAAAAUGAGAUGAAAUCCCGCUCCAUCUUCCUCGCUCCUGGCGGCAGCAGCAGCAGCAGCAGGAGUGGCGAUGGCAGCAGCAGCGGCAGCAGGAUCUUUGGGAGACCCGACGCUUCCUCCACCUCCUCCUCCUCCCCCCACGGAGGUGCCCCAAUGGCUGAAAUCCCUUCCGUUGGCUCCCGAGUACCACCCCACCCUGGCCGAGUUCCAGGAUCCCAUCGCCUACAUCCUCAAGAUCGAGAAGGAGGCGUCGCGGUUCGGCAUCUGCAAGAUCGUUCCCCCGCUGCCGGCGCCGCCCAGGAAGACGACCGUCGCCAACCUCAACCGCUCCUUCGCCGCCCGCGAGCCCAACCCCAAGAAGCCCCCCACCUUCACUACCCGCCAGCAGCAGAUCGGCUUCUGUCCCCGCCGCCCCCGCCCUGUCCAGAAGCCCGUCUGGCAGAGCGGCGAGCACUACACCCUCCAGCAAUUCGAGACCAAGGCCAAGCAAUUCGAGCGCGCCUAUCUCAGGAAGGCGAAGAAGGCCACCUCUAGUUUCCUCUCCCCGCUCGAGAUCGAGACCCUCUUCUGGAAGGCCUGUGCCGACAAGCCCUUCUCCGUUGAGUACGCCAACGACAUGCCGGGCUCUGGAUUUGCCCCCCUCGGGGCCGCGCGACGCUGGCGGGGGUUGGAGGAGGAGGAGGAGGAGGAGGCCGCCCACGUCGGGGAGACGGCGUGGAACAUGCGGGGGGUGUCCAGGGCCAAGGGUUCCCUGCUGCGCUUCAUGAAGGAGGAGAUCCCUGGGGUGACUUCCCCCAUGGUGUAUGUGGCCAUGAUGUUCAGCUGGUUCGCUUGGCAUGUCGAGGACCACGAGCUCCACAGCUUGAAUUACUUGCAUAUGGGCGCCGGCAAGACGUGGUAUGGCGUGCCCAGGGAUGCCGCGCUUGCGUUCGAGGAGGUCGUUCGGCUGCACGGGUACGGGGGGGAGGUGAAUCGUCUCGUGACUUUCGCAUUACUAGGUGAGAAGACCACUGUCAUGACUCCUGAAGUACUUAUGGGUGCAGGAAUCCCUUGCUGCAGAUUGGUGCAAAAUGCUGGAGAGUUUGUUGUCACUUUCCCGGGAUCUUAUCAUACAGGAUUCAGUCUUGGAUUUAAUUGUGGGGAGGCAGCAAAUAUUGCAACUCCUGGAUGGUUGAGGGUAGCCAAAGAGGCUGCAAUUCGAAGGGCUUCAAUUAACUAUCCUCCCAUGGUGUCUCAUUUUCAGCUCCUUUAUGAACUUGCACUAUCAUUGUGUACAAGGAUGCCCAGGGGCAGCAGAAGUGAACCACGAAGUUCUAGACUGAAAGAUAAAAUGAAAGGAGAAGGAGAAGAGAUUGUCAAGAACAUAUUUGUUCAGAAUGUGAUUCAAAAUAAUCACCUACUUAGUUUUCUUCUUGAUAAAGGAUCUUCCUGCAUAGUUCUUCCACAAGAUGCACCCGAGAGUCCUUUAUGUUCAAAUGCACUUGUCAGAUCUCAAGUAAAGGCAAAACCAAGAUUAUCACUUGGUUUAUGCAGUCACCAGGAAGCAGUGGAAGCAUCAAGACUUUUGCCUUCUGAUGAUAUCACACCAGGCUGGAGUGCAGGGAGGAGAGACAUGAGUGGUUUAUGUUCACUUAAACGAAAUUCUAUAUCUGUUUCCCAAGGAAAGAUGAUUACAUCAGCAACAUGCGGCAGAUUUGGUGCUGCUGAUUUCUACUCUUCUUCAGACUCACAGAAUGAGGAAGGUGAAAAAGAAGGUACAUUCCAAGGUGAUGGGCUACUAGAUCAAGGACUAUUGGCAUGUGUUACAUGUGGAAUUUUGAGCUUUGCAUGUGUGGCUGUCAUUCAACCAAGAGAAGCAGCAGCGAAAUACCUUAUGUCUGCUGAUUGUGGUUUCCUUAGUGGUCAUAUUAAUGGUUCUGGAGAAGUAAGUGGUAUCAAUAAAGAUGCAAGCAGGCAGGCAGAUGAUUAUAAUUUGGUUUCAGGUUCAGGACAAAUAGGAAGGCAUACUGAAAAUACAGUGGAUGAUUACUGGGUUCAUUGUAACACAUAUUCAGGACAGGUUUCAGAACAGAGUGUCGAAGUCUUUUCUGAUAAUACAGGCCAGAGAGGCAUCUCUGCACUUGAUCUUCUAGCUUCUGCCUAUGGGGAUACGUCAGACACUGAGGAAGAAGCUUUGCAUGCGAAAUCUGAUUGUACUGAUGAAAAUGAUGUUAAAGACUUCCCAUCUUCAGCUAAACCAAUCGAACAUCCAAACUUUGCCAUUGAAUUGCCAAACUUAUGUUCAAGUAAGGAUUCACAGAAGGAGACAGAUUUGUCCUUCAUUGGAGCAGACUGCCAAAAUGGAACAUGUGCUCAAAAUUCUUAUAAUAAUGUUGGUCCAGAUGAUCCAGAUGGACCGACAAAUGUUAGUGCUGGUGAGAAAUGCCAGCUUAAAUGGGAGUUCUGUGGCAGUAAUCAGCCAGAAAAUGUAAAAUCUGCUGGAACAGAUAGUUUAGAUGAUAAUAGGAAAGUCACUACCUCUAAUAGUUCUAUAAAAUCAAUGGAGGAACCAACAGAUUUUAGUUACAGGGAAGUGGAUGAUGGUUGUCGUGCUACUGAAACUGCUGACAACCAGCAGGGCAACAUGAAGAUGGGAAACGCGUCUUUUGGUUCUGAAGAUCUCUCCGUUCAACCUGAUGUCUGCUGUGACUUAUCUGAACCAACAAAAGGUACUGCUAUAACAACGCAAUCAAUAAAUGUUCAUACUAAAAUGAUGAAUUCAGGCAUACCAGCCAUGCGAAGAUGUGACAAAGAUUCUUCUAGAAUGCAUGUUUUUUGUCUUGAACAUGCUGUGGAGGUUGACAAGCAACUUCAGCCGAUAGGUGGUAUGCAUAUUAUGCUCUUCUGUCAUCCAGACUAUCCUAAAAUAGAAGCAGAAGCAAAACUCUUGGCAGAAGAGUUGGGAUUUGAUUAUUCUUGGAAGGAUGUGCAUUUCAAAGAGGCCACAGAGGAAGAACAAGAGAGAUUCGGAGCAGCCUUGGAAGAUGAGGAAGCUAUACCUGUAAACAGUGAUUGGGCUGUGAAAUUGGGCAUUAACCUAUAUUACAGUGCCGGUCUUAGCAAGUCUCCCCUCUAUAGCAAGCAGAUGCCAUACAAUGCAGUCAUAUACAAGGCAUUUGGAUGCAAUUCCCCAGGCAACUCCCCGGCAAAGCCAAAGACUUCUGGGAGGAGACCAGGCCGGCAGAAGAAAAUAGUUGUUGCUGGUAGGUGGUGUGGGAAAGUUUGGAUGACAAAUCAGGUCCAUCCAUAUCUAGCUCAUAGAAAUGAAGCUCAAGAUCAUGAUCAUGUGGAACAACUCUACUCCCAAGGCACUGGUCAAAAGCCAAAAGUUAAGACAUAUACUAAGGAUGCACCUUCUGAAAGGAAUCCAUCAGCUAGCGAUGGAACAGCUGCAAGAAAAUCUGGAAAGAAGAGAAAGAAACCUCUGAGGAAGGCAAGCAAGAAGAAACCCAGACACACCCAAAUAGAUAAGUCAGAAGCUAUGGAAGAUGUGCCCGAGACUUCCUCAUCACCAUGUGGAAGGGUUCUGCGAAGCAGCCAUUCUAAGCAAGCUGUGAUCGCUAACCGGAAAAAGUUUAAUCUGAAAGAUGAAGCUGAAGGAGGACCGAGCGCACGACUCCGAAAACAGACAUCAAAGGCCAUGGAAGAGGUCAAGACUAAAUCAGCAAGCAGGAAGCAGGCUAGACAGAGAAAAGCAAAGAAAGCACAGGCUACAAAUCCUGUGACCAAGGAUGAGGAUGGGGAAUAUAUAUGUGAUAUUGAGGGGUGCUCAAUGAGCUUUAGUACAAAACAAGAUCUGUCUUUGCACAAGCGUGAUAUCUGCCCUGUCAAAGGGUGCGGGAAGAAGUUUUUCUCGCACAAGUAUCUGGUGCAGCAUAGGAAGGUGCACAUGGAUGAUCGCCCACUUGAGUGCCCGUGGAAGGGUUGCAAGAUGACAUUCAAGUGGGCAUGGGCAAGGACAGAGCAUAUAAGGGUCCACACUGGUGACCGGCCCUAUGUGUGCCGAGAACCAGGGUGUGGUCAGACAUUCCGGUUUGUGUCAGAUUUCAGCCGUCAUAAGCGCAAGACAGGUCAUUCGGUAAAAAAGGGCAGGAGAUGACUGGCAGGAACUUGAUAGUCUUUCUGAUCUUGGAAAGGUGGGAGGUUUGCAAAUUGUCAUUUGCAAAUGCCUAUUAGUAGGAGAUUAGGAUAGGUUAGCAACCUCACUGUAUUCUUCUUGUCAUGUUAACACUAAUGUCAUAUUGCCUGGUCUCCAUUGGGCCCAAUCAUUUGUACUUUAAUUCUUAGUGAUUUGCUUUUUGAAACAAACUGAAAUUGUCCAAGAUAGACGCUGAACUCAAGGUGACUUGCACAUUUUUGUGACU